AUGGUUCGUGAACUCAGUUCACAUAUGGUGUGCAUUAUGUUUACUGAUAGAGAAGGUCAUGUUAUACUUAACGAGGGCACUUCUAAUGUAGAAGGUCGUCGUCGGCAACAGGAAGAAUCCCAACCCGAAUCCCAACCUGAAGCUCAACUUGAAGCCCAACCAGCUGACAUAGAUGAACCUCCACGGGAUGAUGGAUAUCCUGAUGGUCCGGUUGAAAGUUUCGUCCUUAGGAUAUUCGACACUCAUGUGGCGACUCGACUCUGGGAUGGCGUGGAUCGCGGAGAAUUAAGGGUCUACAAAAUGAUCGACAAAGGGAUCAUUUCUGCAUUCGUAGAGUGGUGGCAUCGUGACACCAAUAGCUUUCAUCUCCCAAUUGGAGAGACGACGAUUACUUUGGACGAUGUGUCUUCUCUGCUGCAUAUCCCUAUCACCGGUGCAUUCUUCAGUGUUAAUGUAUUUAACAAGGAUGACGGUGCAGAUAUAUUGGCAGAACUUCUUGGAGUUAGUCACAAUGUUGCUUAA